AUGAUCUUCUGUACAAUUACAGAAAACGUCUGUAAAUUUGAUCAUUUACCUGAUUAUUAUACAAUAACAUCGACGGUGCUUCGGCGCCAAUCGGCAACGACGAUUUCCCGCCAAUUCAGAAGAGCUGAAGAAGCGUCCCGGAUCGGACGUGAAACUGUCCUCUGUUUCAAUCAAAGUGGAUUUACACAGUGGAAUGACGGUAGCCCUGUUGAUUAUGUUCAAUGGGAUAACGGAGAGCCUACUAAUGAUUGGAGAGGAACACAGGAGAAUUGUGUGGAAAUUUAUACCAAUGAAUAUGGAACAUGGAAGGAUGAAGUCUGCAACACUGGAUCAUCCUUCAUUUGCAAAUUCCCUAAAUAUGACAACAGCACAAGUCAAGAGCCUGUGGGCCAAGGUCUUUCUGGUGGAGCGAUAGCUGGUAUCGUCAUCUCUUGUGUGCUAGUUGUCACUGUCAUCCUCCUCGUUGUCGGCUACAUGAUGGGCAUGCGCAGUGUCCCAAAACUUGGGACCUCAUCAACAUCGGCAACGUCGUCAGGGAAAAAAGACACGAUCCCGACACCAGCGUCUGGUUUUGAUAAUGUAGUGUAUUCUCCUGAUUCGAAUCAGAAGACAAUCCAAUUGGAUUAACACGGAAGUAUCGCCUAAUCACUUCUGUAUUCAUGUAGUUAACAUAAUAUCCUUUUGGAAAUGCUGAUGAUUGUAAUCUAAGUAUUUUGUGUAAUGUGCUGCUUAGUGGUGUGCACUGUUAGAAAAAAAGAUUUUACAGAAAAAAUACAGUAUCAUUCUGUUAAUUGUUAUCACAGGAAAGUUUCCCAAUUUAACAUAACUAGUCUAUUUAAAAAGAAAGUUUUAUUACAUGAAAUUUGUAAGGUUUCAUACUCCAUUUACUAAUUUUCUGUAUUUGUUUUUAAACACUGUAUGAUUACAGGUAUUCUUGAGACUCUGCUGCAGUAACUUUUCUAUUUUAAAGGGGAAAUUUUCUAACAGCGGUAGGCUUGACAUGACUCCUACUUAAUUGAGGGAUGGGGGGGGGGGUAAUAGAAUAAUGGAACUUCCUUACUCAUAGCAUCUAUUUUACAUGAAAUAUUCUUUUUCAUUGUCAAUACAGUUAUUAUUGCACUUAACAUUUUUCUCCACCUACAAGCAAGCAGUUUCCGUACAUGAGUGUAACAAGAAAUGGUUGCGUUACUACCUUGUAAUUGUGGCUGUUUCCAAUUGCACAAUUCAUCAUGUUUAAUUAUCAAAACUAAUUGAUGACUCAUUAAUUAAUACAUAAUAAAAUCCAUCUGAGACUGAUUCUUUUGGGAUUUGAAUUAUAUUUUAAUUGCAUUUACUAAAUACCUAUAGAAUUAAAGUGUAUAUAUAGAGAGAUUUAAAUGAAAUCAUGACAGAACAUCCUUAACUGAAAUAUCAUUAACCACUUUUCAUUUGGUAUAUACUGUGCUUAUAACGGACUGUACCAUUUUUUUAAAAGUCAUUAUACCUUUAAUACACGCUUAUGUUGCCCAACUAUUAAGUAGUAGCGAGCAAGCUAUAUGUAGGCCUAUGUAUCAUCAAUCUGUUUGGAUCUUUCGUUUGUAAAUGUAAAUCAGAAACAUUCUUGAACCAUACAUGCAAAAAUUAAGUGCACAUGUAAUUUUACAUUGUAUAUUAUCAUCAAAAUGACGUCAGCCGUAAACGCGUUGAAUUGCGGCUUCUUAUCUCAAGUAUUCCAUCAUGCUUACAUUUUAUUUUUGUCAUAUAUAUUAACUAGCAAAACAGAUUUUUAAAUACGAUAUGUGAAUAAAGAAUCAUACAUAUAUGAUUGGCCUUAAUUCUGCUUUGUAUGUGUUGUUUAUCAUUGAUUGAUAUACCAACUAUGAAGGUCACAAUACGAUAAAUGAAAUAUAGAGAAUAAUCAAUUACUCAUAACACUGGGAAUAUUAAAAUACGAUGUGAAAAAAGAAAGUAAUACAAUUUAAAAUUUAGCUUGAAAGCAGUUACAUGCACGGCAUGGGUGACGAUAGACUAAAUGAUGUCAUGAGAAAGCAUGGCGCAUCCUCCUGUUUUGAUGUUUACCAUUGACAUUUUUGUCUAGAAAUAAAUAAAUUCAAUGAGUAAUCAA